AUGACAAAAACAACAAUGAAAGCAGCAGCAUUUACACAGAAGAAUGGUAAAAUAGAGAUUAUUGAGUUACCAAUCCCAGAACCAACUCAAGGUUGGAUUAGAAUUAAAGUUCACGCCUGUGGUGUUUGUCAAGGUGAAAAUGUUUGUAAACAUGGUGUAAUGGGUAAUUCAUUUCCAAGAGUUCCAGGACAUGAGGUUGUAGGUGAAAUUGAUAAAUUAGGAGAAGGUGUUUGUAAUGAAGAAUAUAAAAUUGGUGAAUUUGUAGGUGUUGGUUGGUUUGGUGGUAAUCAAUGUGGUAAAUGUGAAACAUGUUUAGAGAAUGAAUGGAAACAUUGUAAGAAAGUAAACACUUGUGGUGUUACUUAUGAUGGUGGUUAUGCAGAGUAUAUGAUUGCACCAAUUAGUGCACUUGUUAAAAUACCAAAAGGAAUGGACCCACUUGAAGCUGCACCAUUGUUAUGUGCAGGUGUAACAGUUUAUAAUUCAUUUAGACAUCAAGACAUUAAAGUAGGUUCAUUGGUUGGUGUUACAGGUAUUGGUGGUUUAGGUCAUUAUGCAAUUCAAUUCUGUAAGAAAAUGGGUUACCAAGUGAUUGCAAUGUCAAGUGGUAAUUCAAAAGAACAACUCUCAAAAGAAUUGGGUGCAGAUUAUUAUGUUGAUAUGUCAAAGGAUAAUUACAUUCAAGAGAUUCAAUCAAUUGGUUCAGUUAAAUGUAUUUUAGCAACUGCACCAAUUGCAUCAACUGUUCAAGGUUUAUUAGAGUCUUUAGGUAUAAAUGGUAAAUUGGUGAUUUUGGCUGCUUUCCAUGAACCAUUCCAUGCAGAUUCAUUGACAAUGAUUGGUGGUUCUAAAUCAAUCGUUGGUUGGGCUUCUGGUGAUAAUCGUGAUUCUCUUGAUACUUUAAAUUUUGCUCGUAAUAAUAAUAUUAAAUCAUUAGUAAAUACUUUCCCAUUGGAAAAAGCAAAUGAAGCUUUUGAAAAUAUUGGUCAAGCAAAAUUUAGACAUGUUAUUAAAUUAUUAUAA